CCUCCAACAUUUUGUAGAAAUGUUGUACCGACUUGUACGGUACCUCAAGAGCAAUUCAGCAGCUAUACCAAGAUUACUCUAAUUACUAAUGAAUACUAUAUUGAUUUUUAUUUGUUAGAAAUCAGCUGUAGUAUUUUAAGCUUUAAUAGGGCUGCAGAUUGCUUGUUAAUUUUGAGGUGAAGGCUCAAGGCCUUAUGUAAGGGACAGCAAAAAUGACAUUUUUAUCAAGAACAGCUGCAGCACUGCUGUGGCUGUCAUGGGUUAUUGUGCCCCAUGUCAAGGCUGAGGUUGUGGUAGUUGACCGAAUCCUCAACAAGACAAAUGAUGUCAUGGCUGACAUGGCAUCUAUUUUUGGACCAGAACUUUCUUUCAUUGGUCUCAAGGGCUUGCUUGUGAAGGCCCACCCACCCGAUGCUUGUCAGGCUAUCAAAGGGCCCCCGAUUUUCCCUGACAACAUCUCCCCUGCCUAUGCCCACUGGGUUGUGCUCAUUCACCGAAGAAAUUGCACUUUUGCUGAGAAGGUUCAGAAUGCACAGAAUGCUGGAUUUGCUGCUGUCAUUGUCAUGAAUAUUGGAUCAGAUGACAUAGAACCCAUGAAUGCUAGUGAUAAGGAUGCAGAGAACAUCACAAUCCCAUCGGUGUUUAUUGGGCAAUCUGAUGGUGAUACCCUCGAGUUGCUGUUCCUCAACUAUAGAAGGUUUGGUGUGAUCAUCAGCGCCGAUUUACCUGACAUUGAAAGUUAUCUUCUGCCGUUCGCCAUCACCGUAGCUGUGUGCUUUGUAGGCAUGCUUCUUUGCAUGAUUGUGAAGUGUGUACGGGACUACCGGCGCAGCAUGCGUCACCGUCUGUCAUGGCGCGCCCUCCGUCGCCUCCCUCUGCACAAGUUCAAGGCUGGGGUGGACACCUACGACAUGUGCGCCAUAUGCCUCGACGACUACCUGGACGGCGAUAAGCUCAGAAUAUUGCCUUGCAACCACGCGUACCACAGCCGCUGCAUCGACCCAUGGCUGACCAAACGACGUCGUGUGUGUCCGGUUUGCAAACAGAAAGUGCGGACUGCGGGGGAGCCUCUAGACGACUCCGAUGACGAGGAUCUGGACCACGUGACCGAAAGGGCUCCUCUGCUCCAGCAAGCCACCCAGGUGUCGUCCGGCACCUUUGCCAACAACAGAGAGAACCCCUUUGCCAGGGCCACCCGCCUGGCUCGAGAAAACAAUCCCAGGCGUCACCAGCGGUACGGGCGUCUAUCUGACGAUGAUGUCAGCGAAGAUGGAGUAGUAGCCGUCAGCUCGGACAGCAGCAGGCGUGCGAGUGCUGAUAUUGCGACAGUCCACGGGGCGGCCGAUGGUUAUGUCCACUCAUCUGCUGACAGCGAUAUCAAUGCCUCUGCUGACGGUCACGUUUAUGCAAGUGAUGCUGAAGCCGCCAUGGCUGCGGCCGCAAUGCAGCCCGCAGCUGACGAGUGUUUGGACGAUCAGCUGAAGGUUGUCUCGGUCACGCGCAGCGUCAAAAAGAAGAAGAGCAAGAAGAACAGAGAUAGAAGCGACGUCGAGCCUUACGUGGCUCCAGCCAGCGGUCCUUCUAGCGCUGUGGUUCUGCAGGUUGAUCCUCCCGCCUCAGAUGACAGCAUCGCUCCUGAGAUGUCAGCCGCUCAUCCUGACAUGGUUUAGACGCCAUGAAGAGCCCCUCUUCCUCACCUUCUGCACGUCAUCGAACGCUCUCCACACCGCCUACAUCGGCUCCCCUUUCAAAUCAAUGCCGAAAGUCCCGUGUGUACUAAUUCUGCUGGGUACCACGAGUAAAUAUAUUCAUUGAUACAUUAUUGCCAUAUGUUACUAAUGGCAAUUGCGUCUAGUUGACCCAAUAGUUUUUAUUAUUCACACCAUUGCAUCCCAUAAUGAUCUGUGUUCGAGCCCAGUGUCCGGGGCUCCACUUUCUUCCAUGAACUAAUGUAAAUUUGUCAUACGAAAUUCCUCUUAAUAUCUUAUGUGCGAGCCUCAUUGUGUAUUGGGCUUGCGAACAAUGUUCUUUUUGUAAAAUGCCUUAACACACUAUUUUCUAACGUGAAAAAUACUUCCAGAGGCAGACUGCUUGUAGCUAUCUGCUCUGCUUACUCUUAUCCUCCUUUUAUUGCCUGACUUGAUUGACUAUUGGUUUUACUUUUUCGUCGGGGGUUUUUUAAACUUCAGUUUAAUUCUCCCUAUAUAGUGACAAGAUUAUUGUCAUGCUUGAUGAGGUGUCCCAUCAGGAGUUCCAUGUUGUGCACGUAGAGUAAUGAAUGAGGAUUUGUCCAAAUAUCCAAGCAAUUUUAGCCCUAGUGUGAGUCAUCCUGACCCAGUUUAGCCCGGCAAAUGAGCAUUAGAGUGCUACGUCCUCUCUAUGCUCGUGAUGUGAGUAUGAAUUCGGGUCACUAUUUGGACAAUAUAAGCUAUUCAUUUUUCUGAGUGGGUGGGGGCUGUUCAGAACGUGGAUAUGUUGUCACUUGUGCUAAUUCUUUGAUCUUUAAUGCUCGGCCUACCGCCAGCGAACAGGUGUAGGAAGAUUGUUGUUCACUGACGAGUGUCCGCUCAUUACUUCUAAUUACUUCCUUGAAUUUAUGUUUCACUAUAGAGUAGUGACGCGUGAUGUAUGUGCAAUGGUGAAGAUUAUUGGUCGUUCAUAAUUACACGAUAGCCAUUUACUACCAAUCCCCCAUAAUAGCUAGUCUGGUAGUAAUUAUCGAGCUGACCUAUUAUAGUGGAGUGAUAUUCCGAUGUUAAUUCUGGAAAUUGCGUGAUAAUGGAAAUUGCGUGUUAAUGGAAAUAACGUGUUAAUGGAAAUAACGUGUUAAUGGAAAUAGCGUGUUAAUGGAAAUUGCGCGAUGAUGGAAAUUUCGUCAUGAUGAAGCUUUUUCAUCUUCUACUGAAGCUUUGUAUUAAAGUGGAAAGAAAUUUGUUCUUUUUCGCAUAAACAUCUGGGGAAACUUUCGGCUACGUUUGGCUACGUUACGGUUUAUUAGCUAUUAAAGCUAAUUUGAAAAAGGUCAUUGAUUACAGGUUAUACGGUGGUGUUAACCAGGUUUGGUAUGGAGUAGUUUGAUGUCUGUUAUUUCUUAAGAUGUGGGCUCAAUGAGGAAAUGCAGUUUCUUUAAUGCAUGGGAUAUAGUUUGUUGAAAUGCAUCAAGGAACAUUCGAUUAGUUGAUAUUUAUGGAAUAAGUCUUUUAGUCACAGACGGUGUUCACCAAUUUAUUAACAUUUUAUUUCUUGGCUUUGUGGCGAAAUGUUCCCUUCUUUUCCUUAUGAGAUUCACUCGAAUGUUUUAUUUUACUCUGCUAUUGAGAAUUAUAUAAUCUUUAUUAUAUAUCAUUCUGACAGCUACACGUUUUUGUACUAAAUGAUCGUCCAACAAUGGGUUUUUAAGCAUGGCUGCUUCUCGUGCUUCCUGCGAGACGAGAAAAUGAUUCAUUCGAUAAGAUGAAGGAUAGAUUGCCAUUUAUUUUCUUUGUAAGUUACUCAAUGCCGAUCUUGAGGUAGAUUUAAGGUUUACUUACGUUUAGUUUCGUUGUAUGAUUUCUGUCUUUGUGGACAGUUGAUCUGCACUUCAACAGAAAGCUUCGCUCCCUGUAUAUGUUGUAUGGAGCAUAUAACUAAUAAAAACAUUUUAAUGCCCUCUGAUAACUUGUACCCGGCUGCAUUUUCCUUUA